UGAGCAUUGAACAACAAUUCCCCACCGUUUGAUGUGAAUCAGAUUGAUAGGCGAACUGAGUUCAACAGUCAACUAUUCAAAGUGAAAACAAUGGAAUGUUCCAGGCUUCCAGCGUAGAUCAUGGACAAUGCAGUUACACUGUUAUCGCCUCCGGAGAGAUCUUCCCUUUUUCAGUUUUCACCAAUAACCCACACCACCUUUCCACCGAAGACUAAAAGAGAGCUUUUUCGAGCAGUGCAGAUGAUGACUUUAUUUGCACAGCUACUCUUUCCAACCAUACUCUCUUAUCAUUUUGCGCAUUGGAGAAUCCGACACGACAACGCCAGGAAAUAAUUGUUAGUCGCGACUCGCUACUCCGCAACAGGGAGUGAGGGUGAGGGACCCGACCCCUCGUACUGAGUCGUAUCACAUUCAUCUGGCUUUAGGUGAGAAGGGCACUUCCGAAACUUCAUCAUCUCUUUGCCUGAGACACGUCGAAGAAAACAGCUCGGUCCAUCCAAGCUUGGUUAGCCAUAUUUUCUGAUCCUUCAAAAAACCCAACCCAACUCAACUUUUACGUCCCAGUUGUCUUCGAUCGGAAUCCGUAUUUCUUCUUGGCAAUUCCUGUAAUUUUUGGCGAUAAUUUCAGUUUCGGAUUGUACUCAGGUUGCAAAGUUUCGGCCUUUUUAUAGGUAUAGACACUGCUAACUAUCUACGAUUUAUUAGUAAGAACUUCGAGCACGAUGAGUGAGGUGUUUGAAGGAUACGAGCGCCAAUAUUGUGAACUCUCAGCGAAUCUGUCCAGAAAGUGCACCUCUGCUGGUCUCCUUGAUGGUGAGCAAAAGAAACAAAAGGUUUCUGAAAUAAAAGCUGGAUUGGAUGAUGCUGAGUCUUUGAUUCGUAAGAUGGACCUUGAGGCAAGAAGCUUGCAGCCAAAUGUAAAAGGCAUGCUUCUUGCAAAGUUGAGAGAGUAUAAGUCUGAUCUGAACAAUUUGAAAAGUGAGGUUAAAAGAAUCACAUCAACUAAUGCUAAUCAGGCUGCACGGGAUGAAUUAUUGGAGUCAGGAAUGACAGAUACACUGAUGGCAUCUGCUGACCAAAGAACUAGAUUAUUAAAGGCAACUGAGAGAUUAAACCAGUCAGGUGACAGAAUCAAGGAGAGUAGAAGAACAAUGCUGGAGACGGAAGAUCUAGGUGUUUCUAUCCUUCAAGAUUUGCAUCAACAACGCCAGGCUCUCCUGCAUGCUCAUGACACUCUUCAUGGGGUUGAUGACAAUAUUGGCAAGAGCAAGAAGAUUUUGACUGCCAUGUCAAGAAGGAUGAACAGGAACAAAUGGAUAAUUGGCUUCGUAAUUGCAGUCCUCGUUAUCGCAAUCAUCUUGAUCUUGUAUUUCAAGCUCUCCCACAAGUGAGAUAUGCUUGUUCGAUUCUGUUGUGGCUGACCUUCCACAUUGUCUAUAAUGAUUUUGAAUGUUUAUGAUUCUUCUUGAUACCAUUUGGAGAGUUCGACACAAAAGUGUUAAUAAGAUGUUUUGGCGGUCGUAUUACCUUUUUCCUUUACAGUUUGAAUCUGUUAAUCUUUUCCUCAUCUGGAAUGAAAUGUUGAGACCCUUGGUGUUGUUCA